AGUCUACACAAAACCGCAGCUGCUGUCAGUUUGUUGUGGUCAAAACGCAAGUAAGUUAAGAUGGCACCAGUAUUGGUGAAAAGACGAAUGUCAGACCCCCAGAUUGUGCAGCAACUCUGGGAGGCCAUCACAGCGAUACGCAAACAGAAACAAGUAGCAAACUUGGAUCGGAUCAUAAAGUACAUGAGCCGGGAGCAUCGUGUGUUGGCCAAGGAGACACAGCAACAGCUUGCGUAUGCAACUAAAGAUGACUUGGUCGUCAAGGACAACUCCAAGGCCAAGAAAGGGAUGAGGGCUGGCCAGGAGCAAGAGGCCUUCUGGUGCGCUAAAGAGGAGGAAGAAGAGGUGGAUGAAUCGCAUGAUUGGUACUGCUGUAAGUGUCACGGCCCUGGGGAAGUCCUGUGCUGUGAGUCUUGUUAUCGUGUCUACCACCCUGAAUGUGUCACCAAGGGGGUGGAUCUGGAUAACCUUGGCUCUUCAUGGACAUGCCCCGUCUGUAAGGCCGUCAAAUCACCAAGCCUGAAACUCACUAAGUCAAUGCUCUACAAACUCCUGGAACAUGUCUUGAAUCGUAUGAAGGACAAGGCUCGAGAUCUGCACAAGAAGUUAAACAUGGGCACACUUCCUAACUACUACAAUCUUGUUUACCGACACGUUGAUCUUGCCACAAUCAUGCAGAAAGUUGACGAUAAGGAAUACCGCUGCAUUGAAGAGUUCCAGUCUGAUGCCGAAAUGAUGGUUCACACGUCUGUUAUUUACUACGGACCGACCAACGAGCGCACAGACCUCUGUCAGUUCACACUCAACGACUGCAACUAUGAUCUCGCUGAGGUACAACUGUGCAAGGAUUGCUACUUGAUGUCAAACAAUCGCACUGACCAGGGCUGGUUCUGCAAGCCAUGUGAUCCAGUGCAUGAGGUUGUUUGGGCUCAGAUGAAAGGCUUUGGCUUCUGGCCGGCCAAGGUUCUACAGAGAGUCGAUGGCAUUGUUGACGUCAGAUUCUUUGGGAGUAGACACCAACGGGCUUGGAUACCCCAGGAGAAGACACGAGACAUCAAGACGAGUCAUGCCAAGCUGAACAUCAAAGCUACUAAGGGAUGGCGUAAAGCUUGGAAGGAGCUACAGACGUAUCAGAACUCCAACUCAUUAGAGGAUGGUGAUGAAUCAGACAAUGAGAUGCCAUCAAGAAAGAGGAAUCAUAGCGAGUCAAGUAAAGAGGACGACAUGGAGGAAGACAGGGUAUCAAGCACCUUCAGCGAAGCUGACGAGGCUGAGCCAAAGCAGUCAAGAUUGCAGGAUCAUUCUGUUUCAACGAGUCAAGCAUCACCAGGUGGGGUCCCAAUCGACGAACACUUGGCCAAAAAGGAACCCUCACUUUCUGCCAGUUCACCAUCUUCUCCUAACCCAGCAACAUUAGAUGCAGUCACACCACCUCCUACUAAAAAGCAAAGGCGGAACUCGGUGAGUAUUCCUGAGCAUCAGGAGAUGCCUGAGUUACCCAAAGUACCUGAACGAGAUGAAGAAACUCAAAGUAACACCCCACAGUGCAACUGUCAAGAAAGAUUUGACGCAUCGCUGGAAGAGAAGCUGGCUCAGCAACGGAAGGAGCUUCAGAAAGCUCACGAUAAAGCAGUCAAAGAAGCAGUCAAGAAGGCAAAAGAAGAAUUCAAGGAGGAGAAAGAGAAGGCAUUGACCCACAUGAAGGACACGUUGAAGAUGGAGGCGGAGUCAGAGAGGAAGGAGACGGCAGAGAGAGCGCAACAAGACAAAGAGGAGGAGAUUGAAAAACUCAAGACCAAACAUAAGGAGGAGAUCUCCUUCACCAAGAAACGACAAUGGUGUAUCAACUGUGAGCAAGAGGCCAUGUACCACUGCUGCUGGAACACCUCCUAUUGCAGCAUCAACUGUCAACAAGGCCACUGGCAUAAAGAACACAAGCGUCUCUGCAGACGUAAACGGUGACCUGACCUCGAGGUCAAAGGUCAACCACGGGUCAACUCAUACAAGGUCAGGUAUACCGUAUACAGUUCGAUGCAGAUAAGGUAAUCCUUCGUUAGAUUUUCUUGGGUUCUCAUUUUGUGUAUCAUUUUUCUCUGAAGUGAACUUUUUCUAGUUCAUACUGUUUCAAACAGAAGAGUAUUUUAGUUUUGCAUUAAUCUUAAGUCGUUAUCCAGCAGGGUGGAUACGUGCGCAUUAGAAGUCUUAUUUUUAAGUCUUAUUAUUAUUAUUAUUAUUAUUAUUUGUUAUGUUGAAAAGUUCAUAUUAUUUUAUGGACGGCGUUCCAUAAAUUGUUGUGGAGGUGUAUAUUUUUUUAGUCUCUAAAUUUGAAAAGAAAAGAAAAAAGCAAUUCCGUUUUAAAUGGUUUAUUUGCCAGGGUUUCUUCAGAUCUUUGUGGUUUCUUUUUCCAGGGUUAAUCUACUUUAUGUCAAACCCCAUAUUUUAUUCGUACUAUUAAACUUUUUUUUCUUCAUCUUUUCGAGGAAGAUUCUUCCUUAAAAAUGAGACAACAACCUCUUUCAUUUUACACUGCAUUUUUCAGUUCAGAUGCCUCUAUUUUUUCUUAUUUUAUUCUUAAAACAAGACAAUGCAUUUUUAAAUAUUUCCGUCUUGCGGAUUCCUGCAAAAUGUCAUCCAUAUUAAAAGUUCUCUGAAAUAAUAUGUUCCCUCUUGCCAAUAAGUGCUUAAAUAUUUUGUCGCAACAGUGCAAAAAACAUUGUAUCUCAGUUUUGUAAUACACAAAUAUAACACCGUUUUAGGGUGGAUGUCUAUAUUAUGCGUUGUUCAGUUAUGGGACAAAUAGUGGUGUUAUACCUCGGUAACAAAUUGUGAAGUUUUAUAGGUCGAGAACCAAUAAUAAUAUUAUGUGAUACAAAGACGCAUGUUCCAUGGCUAAGGAUGUGCGCUACGCAUAAAGCACAGCGCGAAGGUGACCAUGAGUUUUGUUUACCAGUGUACAUUACCUUGAUCGCUCCCACCAUUGGUCGCUUUGUACGAAACAGCCGCGGGGUCGAGGGAACAGUGAAAAAUGGUUUUUUAUUUGAACAACUUUUCAUCUGCUUUUCUAUGCCUACUCUGUCGUAAUAAGAUGACAACAGAACAUGCCUACUCUGAAAAACGCGGGCGUGAUCAACAUACGCGCGCACGCACUUGACAUCUAAUUCAUGACCAAUUUUCUGAGCCAAUUAGCGUUCCUUCUCAGUACAUCCCUCCCAGGGGUAAGUGGCGAGAGUUAUCGUUACUGCGCGCUGCCCAUGGUAGCGAGGCUGAGUUUACCCCCUACUCUUACACAAUGAGUGUUAUUGAGUUCUUUUACGUGCGCUAGUAAUCCUAGUACGUGGGACCUUUUGCUUAAAGACACUGGACACUAUUGGUAAUUGUCAAAGACUAGUCUUCACAUUCGGUGUAUG